GGAAGGGAUGUGGGGGUGAAAGUGUGCCCCCUCUGUCAUUGGCUCUGGGCCUAAUGUCACAUUAUGCGUCUCAUUGUGUCUUUGUGAUGCUGAGGGGUAUAAAUCCAGCCCUCUCAGUGUUCACACACACACACACACACACACACUCACUCCUCCGGCAGACCUACGCACUGAAUCCUCAGAGAACAACAGCACGGGACACGUUGCAUUUUAUUAGGUUGAAGUUUAUCAAGUGGAUUGUUCUCAACCAAGACUUCGAAGGAACCAAUUUCAAGAUGGAUUCUGAUGCAAGCUCCACGUGCAGUCGGUCUUCUUCACCUGACCUGGCUGUGGACUCCAGCUUUUUCUCCAACAAGAUGUUCCAAGCUUACGGAGAAACGGGGCAGCCCAGGUCCGAGAAAGUUUCCGGACGGUCACAGAGCUCUGACUCCAGCUCAAAGAGAGAUCACUCCAAAGACGACCAGCAAGAUCUACGACUUAAAGUGAACAGCCGUGAGCGCAAGCGCAUGCACGACCUCAACCAGGCGAUGGACGGGCUCCGAGAGGUGAUGCCCUACGCUCAGGGCCCAUCUGUACGCAAGCUAUCCAAAAUCUCCACCCUGCUCCUCGCCAGAAACUACAUCCUCAUGCUGUCCAGCUCUCUGGAUGAGAUGAAGAAGCUGAUAGGUGAUGUGUACGGAGCAAGCGCUCAGAGUCACUCGGCUAGACGGGUAUUACCGCCAACUUCGGCUGCUCCGGCCCCCCAGUUGCAACUGCUCUCGCUUGCCCCAUCCCUGCACUCUCUGGUGGGCAGCACCUCGACGACCACACCGGGUGUAGCCCAUGCCCCUCACUCUCCACCCUCGGCUGGGUAUCUGGGUUUCCACGCUCCACCUCUUUCCACCCUGAUGAAAGACCCUCUGCAUCUCUCCAGUGGCUACAGGCAUUUCCCCGGCAUGCCGUGCCCCUGCUCCCUCUGCCAGCCUCUCCCUGCCUCCACAGCCAGCCUGCACAGCCUCUCCAUGGGGAAGUGAUCCAGGCGAGGCCCAGGCUUCAGGCUGGAGUAGGCCGAAGUUGAAUUACAGACUCAAAAAGAACUGAAAACUUCUGGAUGUGUUUCUAGUUGUGUUGUAUACAUUGUAAAUGUCCUGUACAGAAUUUGUUUUUUUCUAACAAG